GGAGCACCUUUGGUGUUUUUUUCCGCCUAAAAAUGAUGUUUUUCAUGCAGUUUUCGACCGCGCGAGGCUGCUCCGUGCGCGGCCGGCGAUCGGAACCACGGAGUGUGUUCCGCGAGGAGAACACAAAGAGCGAGCAGAACACGCUUUGGCAGCGCCGGGGGCCCCAACGAACCCUGCGCGCCGGCGAGCGCUGCCGGGGCUGUGGGCGGGUGAUGGUGGCGUGACCAGGGGACAGACGGGCGGGCGCGGGAGGGCUCCACCUGCCGGGCGGGGAAAACGACAUGGCGGAACUCAUCACUGUCACUUCCGGCCCUACGGCAGCCGGCGGGAGUCAAGCGGCGGCGCUGUGUGAGCGCGUCACUGAGCGUGUGCGCCACUUCCGGCUGGCGGCGGCGGGAGCACCAUGCCCAAGUUUUACUGUGAUUACUGUGACACGUACCUCACCCAUGACUCGCCCUCCGUGAGAAAAACCCACUGCAGUGGCCGGAAGCACAAGGAGAACGUGAAGGAUUACUACCAGAAAUGGAUGGAGGAGCAAGCCCAGAGCCUGAUUGACAAAACAAUAGCGGCUGCAUUCCAGCAAGGGAAAAUUCCACCGACGCCGUUCUCGGCACCACCUCCGGCCGGAGCCAUGAUUCCACCUCCUCCCAGCAUCCCUGGCCCCCCCCGGCCCGGCAUGAUGCCAGCCCCACACAUGGGGGGGCCCCCGAUGAUGCCAAUGAUGGGCCCACCCCCCCCAGGAAUGAUGCCAGUUGGACCUGCUCCUGGGAUGAGGCCACCCAUGGGAGGACACAUGCCAAUGAUGCCAGGGCCCCCCAUGAUGAGACCCCCCUCCAGACCCAUGAUGGUGCCAACCAGGCCAGGAAUGACCCGUCCAGACAGAUAAAGAUGGAGAUGAAGCUGCCUUUUCAUAUUAGGACCUUCCCAAUGACUAACACCACAGACCUGUGUUCCCGGGGCUUUGUACUCAGUGUGUGGAGAGAUUCUGCUGUAAACUCAGCAUAAGAAUGGACACACCCUGCACUGACUUGUACGAGGUCUGGCUUUUUGGGUGUCUCUUUAAUUGUAUUAUUUCCCUCCCCCCCCGUUCAAUGACAAAAACAAGAAUAAACAUUGAUGUUGUUUCCAUAUGGA